AUGUCGGCCCUGAAUCCAAGUACCAUAAACACUAAAGUCCACUCAGGAAUGCCCUGCCACCAUCUCAUAGUAACAUGUCAAACUGGGUUCUGUGUUCAGCCAGAUGCUGCCACACCCCCUGUUUCUCCAGCAAGAAAAUCGAAAUUGUUCCAUCAUGCAAAGGAAGGCCAUGCAUUGGCCAAUGAGGGUGGUCCUGCAUGGGCUAUGCUUUAUUCCACGGAGACAUCCGGUUUCUCUUGCAGGAGAAGAUUGGAUGCUGAGAAUGUAACUGCGGGACCCAGAUAUGGGCUGAUUGGUUAUGGUACUUUGUUGCUGUGGAGCCUCGUAUGGCACAUUCAUGCUGCAAGCUGAUUUGCUAUACAGCUCCUGUAUUCCCAGUGCCCACUCUCAGUCUCAUGGUUAGUCCCUAAAGUAUAAAUUGUUUGGAAUUCAAAGUGAAUUUUAAACUUUAGGCCAAUAUUGCCAAACUAGACAAAUUCUCCAAGUCAGUUAUAUUUCCAGCUUGGCAAGUUUGGCCUGAUAUUUGAAAUUCAUUUUGAAUUCCGAGCAUUUCACAAUUUAGUGUCUGUGAACCUAGCUCCACAACUUCCAUAAAAAAGGUAAAGGUAGUAAACAUGCUUAAUAAUUAGGUGAAGUAAAAUGUGGUAAAUAUGGAACAGUUUUCUUGAUUUUCUUUGUCUAAAUUGUGCACAAUUUUUGGGAAUACAAAUUUAAAGGAAUACUUCAAACACAUAAAGCAUUUUAGCUUUAGAGUACUGUUUUUUGUGUGUCAAUUUAAACUAAGUGCCAAUUUCUAACAACCCUUCUGUCUAACGCUGAGAAGAGUAUUCAACAAAGCGAGAAUUGUCAGGAAUUUAAAAUUUACACCAAAAUAGCCAAGCUGGAAGAAUUCUAGAUUUUUCUAAUUCACUUUGAAUUCUCUGCGUUCUUACUUUAGUAAAUAGCCUUGUCAGAGUUAUUUACUAAAGUGAGAAUUAAAAGUUAAUUCCAAAUUAAAAGUUACAAAAAAAAGCAGAACUGGAAAAUUUCUCUUGUCAGCUAGGUUUUUAAUUUGGCUACUCUGGACUUAAAUUUCAAAUUCACUUUGAAUUCUCAAUUUAGCUUUUAGACUGUGCAACCCAUUUGUGCGAGUUCCACUUUGAAGGCACACUUCAAGAGCCUUAACCACUACAGCUGACCCUUCCAAUGCAUGCAAGCGCAAGAUUUUAACCUCUGUCUGCAGUGAGCGCUGACGACAGCAGUAAAAUAUACACAAAGUGGACAUUAGAGAGCCGGAAAACAGUGUUCUGGGCAGCCAGUGUCACAUGUGCUGGGGGUGAAACACGCUUCCAGCACAAAAUGUGCCUAUUUCUCUGUAUUGGGCAGUGUUUCAAGCCAAAACACUGCAUAUACAUAUCCUUUCACCAUGACCACUUCAAAGCACUAAAGUGGUCAUGGUGGUUGGAGUAACCCUUUAAAUUUGCAGUUUAGUGAAAAAUUGUUAGAUUUCAACUGGGUUUUAUUAUUUGGGGAGGGGGAUGCAAACCUAUGAAUUGCAUUCAUGCUCACUGACUACAGCUACUACAUUAAGCAAGACACAUUAUUACUCUUUACAGCAUCUUGUUUUAAUUAAAAACCAGUUUCCAUAUAUAGGGGGGCAAUGUAAUUUAAUAGGUAAGAAAAGUUAAACGUGUCAAUAAAGUGCUUACAGAAAUUAUAAAAAAAAAAAAAAACUAAAUGAAAAUCACUAUAACCAAAAAAAUGGUGACCAUUCACCCUCUACUGGCGACAACAGGCAGCACAUGUUUGACGUUGCUGGCGGGGGUGGGGUCCAGGUUAGCUGACGUCACAUCCGUUUGAAUGAGUAUAUAAGCUGCUGUCGGAGCGUCCAUCGUUCCUCUUUACCGCGUCCUCCAGCAGCGUUACAGGUUUGUCUUUAACUUCUUGCUUUUGCUAGUUUUUCGGAACUGGCGAUCAAUAUUGUAAUAUUUCUCUUUGUAUAUGAAUAGUCUGUCUGAUGGGCCGCUGUUUUUACUGAUAAAGGCUUUGGUGUGUCAGGAUGGAGGUGGAUUGUGCCAGGCCUGGCAGCCAUCUGAAUCCUCUCAUAUUUCAAUAACAUCUGAUUUAUAAUCUGCAUAAUGUCUAACCAACAGCAACUGUCUUACCAUGGUUAUGCUAAAAAGCCCCAUUUAUUGUAAAUCUCUAGUGGGAUUUUCUGCAUGCUGGCCCAGGGCCUUGCUUUAUAAUUUCUAAUAUAUUCUGUAUUAAAGUAAAACUGGCCUUCUCACCCCUAACUGCUGCCCUGCAUCUCACUGCCUAGAAAUGACGAAAAUUAUGUUGGUAGGGACAUCUGAGAUACAUUGAUGAAUACCAACGUCUCUGAUCUGGCUAAACUGAUUUUUGUGAUUUACUUAAAAUUAUCUUAAAGCAUGCCCCCCACAGGCUGCUUCUUAAUGACUGGGUUCUUUUACUAAAGUAUUGCUGGAUGUGAAACUUUACUUUCAAAUGUAAUGUCUUAAAUAGCCCAACUGAGAACCAUAUUGACCAGGAUAACUCCUAUAAUUAAGAUAUUUCUACCUUUUUUGUUUGCACUGCAGUCAAUUUUGCUUUUAAAUAGGCUAUAUAUUGCUUAGUAUCUUUCCUGCUAGAAUGUUGCCUUGCCCUCAUAGACUGGCAACAGCAUGCUUGUGAAGUUUUAGUUCACUCACUAUAGACUUGUGUCUGCACAUACACAUUUAACCCCUCUGCUGCCUGAGGUGUACUCAGCCAGUGUCAUUGGCUUGUAGCAAGCUCAGAACAUCAGCUCUAGGCUGGCUGUAGUCUACUCUGUGCAUGCUUCUUGCAUAGUGGUAUCUGGACCUGCAUAUCCUCACAGACCAUAGUAGAGAACCUUGUGCAUAAGGCCACAUCCAGGUAAAUGUGCAAAAAUGGCUUACCCAAUUACUGGUGAAUGGCAUUAAGCUACUCCUUGUAUCAUAACAAUUGCCAGACUGUAGUGGUUACUUGUGAGUAACCCUGAUGUUUAUACUAUCUCUCUGGAGGUAGGCUUCUCAGUUGUGGUUUUGGCAAAUAUGACCUGAUUAAUGUCUAAAAUCUAACUUUGUUUAAGUUCUUAAUCAAAAUUUCUCUUAUAGGAAUAUAUGGAUAAAAUGAAUCUAACCAGUAAGGUAAGCGUCUUACAUCUUACUAGUUGUCUCAAUGUACUUGUCUGUGUUCACUCCCAUUAGGGUUAUUGUAGGCACCAAAACCACUUUAGCUUAAAGAUAGUCGUGGGUAGACCAUGCCCUUGCAGUCUUGUUGAUCAAUUCUCUGCCACUUACCAGUUAAAGCACUGUUUAUGCAGCCAUAGUCCCUGCACGUUAUGUAAACAGCCUUGCUAACUAAAUCAUGUAAAGUUGUCUAAUAUAACUUCCUUUAGUGCAAAUUCUAUUAAAACUAGAAUUUAACCCAUGUUCUGUUAAUACCCUGGAAGACCAAUUCAAUCAGAGCAGAAGCUUAAAGUUAAGGGAAAACUCUGAUCACCAUAACUUAACCUAAAUGAAUCAGUAGUUACUCAGUCAGGCGUCUCUACCCUGUAGUAUCCACACUUCCUAAAGCUUAAAGGGACACUAUGUUCACAACUACAGCUUAUUGAAAUUGUUCAGGUGAGUAGAAUCAUUACCGUCAGGCUCUUUGCAGUAAACAAUGUCUUUUCAGAGAAAAUGCAGUGUUUACAUUACAGCCUAGUGAUAACUUCACUGGCCAUUCCUCAGAUGGCUGUUAGAGAUCCUUCCUGGGUCAUGGCUGCCUAAAAUGCAUCCAAACAUUCAGUAUCUCCUCCCUCUGCAUGCAGACACUGAACUUUCCUCAGAUUCAUUGAUUCAAUUCAUCUCUAGGAGGAGAUGGUGAUUGGCCAGGGCAGUGUUUAAAUCAUGUUGGCUCUGCCCCUGAUCUGUCUCUGCCAAUCCUAAGGAAAAGCACUGUGAUUGUAUUAGGCUACCACUUCUGAUGUCAGCAGACUGCUUGCAGGUCUGAGGCAGACAGGGCAGAGCCAGCAGCUUCAGGCUUGCAUAAAAGUAAGAUUUUACUAUUUUUAGGGAGGCUUGAGGGGGCUAGAUGAUGGUGUUAACCCUAUAGGGUCAGAAAUAAAUGUUUGUUUCUUAUCAGAAGCUGGAUUCUCUUGAGGAACUUCAGAUCUGGUGCUGGAGGCUGCAUUUGGAGUUAAGCAAUUAAACUGUUUAACAGCUAAAAGUAAAAAGGCACCCAUGGGCCUCUUGGCACCAUAACAUCAACCAAUUUAGUUAUGGUGAAAAGCAUAUUCCUUUAAGACACAAAUUAAGAUUUAAUACAGGCUGUCAGCCUAAGUAUGUGACUAGGACUACAAUUUUUUUUUAAACUAAAGCUUUUAAAUAGCAGAAACUUGCACAAUGAGACUGUAGGGGCAUGGUUAUACAGUAAAACCACUUGUUUUGAUGCUUAUGAUAUACCUCUAAAUUCAUGAUUUGCCAAGUCCUUCACUACAUUGAACAUCUGCAAGGCAAACUGCUCUAAGGAGCUGGAGCUUAAUGGAGGUGCACAUGUUUUACUAAUGCCACAAUGAUGACACUUAUUUGCUACUCUUGACUGACUGAAUGACGAGAAAGUGGACCACCAAGUCUUGUUCUGAGGCAUAUCAAUGCUGGCAUAAAUUGGCCACUAAAAUAAAACAUUAUCUCAACUUUGCUUUCCUUUCUCCCCACAGGUGUUCAUUCCCACUUUCUACAGCUUGCAUGUCCAGUCUCAGGAUUACAGGUGAGUUUUGAUAAUGGUAGUAACAGCAAAAUACAUAGUGCAAUCCUCUAAACUUGUACUGCGUGAUGAUUUGAAUUUAUCAAUGGGAAUCUCUCUGAAAAAGGAUGAGGGAGAACUUUAUACUGACUUGGUACAUAGAACUAAAGGAACACUCAAAGUACUACAAAAACUACAAGCUGCUGUGCCCUGUACUUCCUGGAGUGCCCUUGUGUAACAAUGGUAAAUAUGUCAAAUUAUACUAAAACAGUUUUGACAACUUUCCUGUGGCUGCAUCUUGUCUUAAGCAGAAGCUUGAUGUCUCUGUAGAGAAAAGCAGGACUGCCUUUGUCUGGUGCUCUAGGUCAACAAUCAGUCCUGCAUUUCUCUGCUGUGCUGUACAGAGCAAUCCAGUUGCAGGAAGUGCUGAUGUCUGUCUGGAAGACCCAGGUAAACUAUCAAGCUGUACUAAAAUGUCUUGCCAGGGCAUUCCAGGCACCCUAGGGCACAGCAGUCUGUAUUGGUAGUGGUGUUUGGAAUAUUGAUCUAAUGCUUACAGUGGAUUGAUUUUUAUUUUUGUUUUCUUAGGUGUGCAACUCUCGAUGAUGCCUAG